CUGGUUUGCUCCCCCAUCCAUCCUCUCGCCGUCCUCCCAGCCAGCGACUUUGCCAGGUGCCUUCUCCCUUCUGCUUCGAUCAAGCCACCAUGGUCGCCACAACCCCACGAACCCUCUACGACAAGAUCUUCGAGAGCCACGUCGUCGAUCGCCUUGAUGACGGCACUUGCCUCAUCUACAUCGAUCGCCACCUCGUUCACGAGGUCACCUCGCCUCAAGCCUUCGAGGGCCUGCGAACUGCCAAACGCCAGGUCCGCCGCCCGGAUUGCACCCUUGCUACCGUCGACCACAACAUCCCCACCACCGACCGCUCGUCGUUCACCAACAUCAACGCCUUCAUCAAAGAAGCCGAUUCCCGAACCCAGUGCGCUACCCUCGAGGAGAACGUCAAGUCCUUUGGACUCACCUACUUUGGCAUGGACGACAAGCGACAGGGUAUUGUCCACGUCAUCGGCCCCGAGCAGGGCUUUACCCUGCCCGGCACCACCAUCGUCUGUGGCGACUCGCACACUUCCACCCACGGCGCCUUUGGUGCCCUGGCCUUUGGUAUCGGCACCUCUGAGGUCGAGCACGUCCUGGCCACCCAGACCAUUCUCCAGAAAAAGUCCAAGAACAUGCGUAUCUACUACUCGGGCCACCUCUCUGAAGGCGUGACUUCCAAGGACCUGAUCCUCCACACCAUUGGCCUCAUCGGUACCGCUGGUGGCACGGGCUCCGUCAUCGAGUUCUGCGGCCCGGCCAUCGAGGCCCUCUCGAUGGAGGCCCGCAUGUCCGUCUGCAACAUGGCCAUCGAGGGCGGUGCCCGCGCCGGCAUGAUCGCCGCCGACGACAUCACCUUCGAAUACCUGAAGAACCGCCCCUUGGCUCCCAAGGAUGCCGAGUGGGAUCGCGCCGUUGCCUACUGGCGAUCCCUCAAGUCGGACGAGGGCGCUGCCUACGACAUCGACAUCACCGUCAAUGCCGCCGACAUCCCCCCGACCGUCACCUGGGGAACCUCGCCUCAGGAUGUGGCCCCCAUCACCGGCACGGUCCCGGAUCCUCAGAACGAGACCGAUCCCAUCAAGAAGGCCAGCAUCGAGCGCGCCCUCAACUACAUGGGCCUGGUUCCCAACACCAAGCUGACCGAGGUUGCCAUCGACAAGGUCUUCAUCGGCUCCUGCACCAACUCGCGCAUCGAGGAUCUGCGUUCGGCCGCCGCCGUUGCCUACGGCAGAAAGGUCGCCCCGAAUGUCUAUGCCAUGAUCGUCCCUGGCUCUGGCCUGAUCAAGCAGCAGGCCGAAGCCGAGGGUCUGGACCGGAUCUUCAAGAACGCCGGCUUUGACUGGAGAGAAGCCGGCUGCUCCAUGUGCCUUGGCAUGAACCCCGAUCAGCUCAAGCCCCAGGAGCGCUGUGCCUCCACCUCGAACCGCAACUUUGAGGGCCGCCAGGGCCCGGGUGGCAGAACCCACCUUGUCAGCCCCGCCAUGGCUGCGGCUGCCGCCAUUGCCGGCCAUCUUGUUGAUGUGCGCUCUCUGAUCGGCCCCGUUGCCGAGGCCAAGCUCCCUGUGGAGGUCUCGGCGCCGCAAAACUCCAAAGAGUUCCUUGUCCAAGAGGUUGUUCCGGCCCCGGCCUACCAGCUCCAGGACGUGGACGCCAGCCAGGACAGCGGCGCGGUUUCGGGCGGCAUGCCCCAGUUCACGAUCGUCAAGGGUGCUGCUGCUCCCCUCGUCAUGGCCAACGUCGACACGGACAUGAUCAUCCCCAAGCAGUUCCUGAAGACCAUCAAGCGCACGGGCCUGGGUGUCUCGCUCUUUUACGAGAUCCGCUAUGACCCGGCCACCGGCGCCGAGAAGCCCGACUUUGUCCUGAAUCUGCCCCAGUACCGCUCGUCCCGCAUCCUGAUCGCCGGGCCGAACUUUGGCUGCGGCUCUUCACGCGAGCACGCCCCUUGGGCCCUCAACGACUUUGGCAUCCGCUGCAUCAUUGCCCCUAGCUUUGCCGAUAUCUUUUUCAACAACUGCUUCAAGAACGGCAUGCUGCCGAUCCCGGUGAGCCAAUCCGUGGUCGACAUCCUGGCCCAGGAUGCCCAGGACGGCCUUGAGCUCGAAAUCGAUCUGCCCGCCCAAGUGAUCCGCCGCGCGAACGGCGAGACGAUCGCCUUCGAGGUCGACGCAUUCCGCAAGCACUGCCUGGUCAACGGAUUCGACGACAUUGGCCUGACCCUGCAGAAGAAGGACCUCAUCUCGACCUUCGAGCAGCGUCGCUCGACGGAGUGGCCCUGGCUCGAUGGAAUGGGAUACCGCGAGUCCAAGCAGGGCGGCGCCGUCAAGGUGCAGCCCGUGGGCCAGGCCAAGAAGGCCACUCUGGACUGGUAGACGGGCGACGUAAU